UCAACGACGAAGAGUGCAUCGAGUGCAGCCAGACGUGAUCCAACGUACGAUAUGACGAAUGCGUGAUCCUACCAAGGGACUGACCAGUGAGAUACGAUGGAUGCAACGCAGACUAAAAUUGUAAACGGACACGUUGACGGAAAGGGGAAGAAAUCGACAGGAAAGCAGAAACAAAAAUCGUUAUUUUGGACUUACGUGUUAUGGCUGUUCGGUGGGUUGGUUGGAGCGCACCAUGUGUAUCUGGGACGGGACGCGCAGGCAUUCGCGUAUUUCAGCACUUUCGGUGGAUACUUGGGUCUCGGUUGGCUCCGUGAUAUCUAUAGGAUACCUUCGUACGUAGCCGAUGCGAAUGAAGAUCCUCGUUUCGUGAAUGACUUCAAACAAAUAGUGCGAUGCAAUCGGAAGCCACCGUUCUCGACCAUUCGAUUCACUGCGAUGACAGCCGUUGCAUACUUCUGGAGCGAAUUGUAUCGCAAUGCCAUCCCGGAAGAUGAAGUCUUCGGCAUCAAUUUUCGAUACUUGUUGCUUCUGACACCUCUGGUAAUCGCAUUAGGUGUCUGGAUGGUUGGAAACAUCGGCAGAGAGCAGGGAUCUAUAUGGUUCGCUCUGGUUUCGGCGUAUCUGUUCUAUCCAACUCUACCGUACGUCGGAGAUGACCGUAUGUGGUUAUUUCUGAUGGUCGUUGUUUCCGCUUUGAGUUUCGAUACGUUCAGCAAGCAAUGGAGAUUGAAACCGCGCAAGGCGAAAAGCUUCGUUCGCAGAACGUGUACACUCACUGUGGCUGUCGUCAUCUAUUUGUCAUUAAUAGGGUCUUAUUUGUACUUUAACGCUGCGAUCACGGACAGCGAGGGCGAAGAGAUCAAACUGUCCGAAGCUAUUCAACACUUUCUGACGUCACCGAUAUGGCUUGACCUUAAGGCCAAUCUCGAGGCAACUUGGAGCCAAGCGGUUCAUCAAGGUUUCUGGGCGACGUGGGCGCAACUGGUGGAUCUCACCGAUCCUCGGGGUGAAAUAAACGCCUACAGAGUACUUGGUGUUUCGGAAACGGCCACGCAAUCGGAACUUACGGCCCGUUGGAGGGCUCUGUCGCGGGACAAUCAUCCGGACAAGAUAAAGGGCACGGAAGAGGAAAGGCGACAAGCUCAGGAGAAAUUCAUGGAGAUUCAGCAAGCGUACGAAAUCCUUUCAAAAGCGAAGAAUCGUAGGCAACGCCGUAACAGGAAGAGCGAGGACGUAUAGAGGCUAUAGGGACACGUAAAUCAAAUGAACCAACAACGUGGUAACGAUCAUUCCAAUAUUCGAUGCAUUCCAACAACGCAGGACUCGUUUACGAGGGGUCAAAGAUGAACCGUUCACCGAUCUCAAUCUACCUUGUUGUAUCUUGCUUUUGCGAUAUCCACUUUCUUCGAACACACAGCCAAUUCGUGGGGGAAUAUUGGCACUGUGCUCGUAAACCCCCGAACAUAAAUGUUUAUACGCGGAUGUAAAUUUGUUCGUGUAAAUAUAGAAACGGAA